UUUAAAGCCACCCGCGCCUUUCCACCAGCAAGCUCUAACUCCUACCGCUGUCCUUCCUAAUAACAGCAUCUCCUCAUCAACCACCCCAUUGCUACUACAGCAGAGGACCGGUUGAACACCUAACAUGAAGUUCUCCCUUACUUCCACCCUGGUGGUGGCAUUGGCUGCUCAGGCCACAGCAAACAGCUGGUUCGGCAAGUCUGUGUACGACAAGUGGCACGAGACGGAGCUGGAACGCUGGCUGUCCGACAACAACAUCCCUCACCCCAGCCCUUCUGACCGCAAGAACCUUCAGAAGACCGUCGCAGACAACUGGAACGACAAGGUCAUCAACCCCUACACAUCCUGGGAUGCCAAGUCCCUCUCCAACUACCUGACUGCCCGCGGUCAGCAGGCGAAGAAGGGUACUGAGAACGACGCAAAGAGCCUCGCCGAGCAGGUCAAGUCUUACUGGUACGAGACUGAGGACUCUGCCAGCCAGGCGUACGGCAACGUCAAGGACUGGAUCUUUGACUCAUGGACCGACUCUCAGUUGAAGUCCUUCGCCGACAAGAACGGCAUUCCCGUUCCCCAGCCCCGCCAGCGUGACUCUCUUCUGAAGUCAGUCCGCGAGAACUACCAGUCCGUUGCCGAAAAGGCCUCUGAGACAGCCAACUACCCCGGUGACUGGCUCUAUGCUUCGUGGUCUGACUCUGACCUCAAGUCUUGGUUCGACGAGCGCGGCUACAACGUUCCCCAGCCCUCUACCCGUGACUCUUUGAUUGCCAGCCUCCGUCGCCAGUCUCGUCUUGCUAGCCAAAAUGCUCAGGGCGCUUACGCUCAGGUCUCUUCCUCCGCCGCUGCUGCUCAGCAGAGCCUGAGCGACGCUCUCCUCGACUCUUGGUCCGACUCUCAGAUCAAGGAGUGGGCCGACAAGAAUGGCGUCAAGGUUCCUCAGGGCUCCAAGCGCAACGAGCUUAUUGCUCUCGCGCGCAAGCACCGCGCCCGUCUCUACGGUGACUCUGCCUCCGCGACUGCCGCCUCUGCCUAUGGCGCUGCCACCUCCAACGCCAACAGCGCUGCUGCCCAGGCUACUGAUGGCUUCGCUUACUACACAAACCUGGUCAAGCAACAAUUCGGUAUCGCCACUGAUGCCGCUGCUGCCUCUGCUAGCUCUGCCUCCAAGAUCGCUGCCGCUUCCGCUAGCUCUGCUACCAGCCAGGUGAAGUCUGCUACCGGUGUCGCUGCUAAGGCUGCUUCCUCAUCUUCGUCCUCUAUCUCCAAAUCGGUUGCUUCCGCUUCCGCUGAUGCUUCCAAGUCUGCUCAGAGCGCUGCCUCUGCUGCCUCUAAGUCCGCUCAGUCUGGCUACGAUGCCGCCGGUGCCUCAGCCAGCUCUGCUAGCGCUAAGGCCUCCAGGGCUUCUUCUGCUGCUAAGGAUGAGUUGUAAAUAUCUCUCCUCGCUACAACUACCUCAGACAAGCAUCGUUUGGCCUUGUUGGCUACCAGACGUCUCACGACACGAUUACGACUAUGGUAUUGAUAGUUAAAAGCGGAUCAUCGGGAUCAUGUAAGAUUAGUUUAGCUUUGAAAAACUACUCACUCGACCUCAUGUAGGCAUUUGAGGCCUCUUUCUUUUACUCCCUAUUUCCUCAAACUGGAAUGGAGGGUUGGCGUCUACAUAGCUUGAUUGAUUUAGCAAAUGGAAAAGUCUAUACACA